GCGGACCUUCUUGUACCUCUCCCUCGGUGCCGCGAGACCCCUUGUCGAAGCGGCCGUGGAGGAAUGCCUGCCUGCGUGGCUGAACCGAGUGCUAGAAAUAGACCAUUCUAGUACAUCGUCGCUUCAAGAUCAUUUGGGUGUGCGACGGUCACUUCCGAACCGCGCAAAGCAGCCGAGACGCUACUCUUAGUCUACCCUCAAAUCACAGGAUGCCUCUGCCAGCCUGCACGACAAGGACCCGCUCUAUCUCCGCUGCUGUUACGGAUCAGUCCUGCGGUCUCGGAAUGACAUCGACAUCGACAUAUGCAUCCUCGAUCAUUGUCAUAUCUUAUCCCUCGCCCGCGCAUUGCGGCCCGUCGCGUGCAUCGUGGAAGCCCGGUUUACGUCGGCCACUACCAUACUCGUAAACGCUCAUCGGCUGCUCACCAAGGCGAAGUGGGGUAUGCCACAGAAACAUCUAAGUGCCCUUCUCCUUUCUCUCCGCGGACCCAAACAGCUUGAACUAUAUUUUCCAUCCCACAGAACGUCAAAAGGCACAAAACUCGGCAUACUAGCAUCGGCACAAGACCAACAAUGCCACGUCUCUUCCACGGGCCCGAUCAUCCGCCAGGGGUACUGUCAACCUUCUCUUCUGCGCAGCCUACCUCAAGGCUCUGCUCUGUCGGGGCCCACGUCAAUCGGAACACCUUCGCGCGCCGAGCCGAGUCUAUUCAACCCAAGUUCUCCUGGUGGAUGCCCCAUGACGAAGAAAGAGGCCUAGAUUCUUCCCACGGCGUCUGCCGUCAUGAGUGAAGAUACAUAUUUAGACUUCCUCCUGCCCACGGAGAGCGGGGUUAUCAGAUAACGCCAUAAUCUGAU